UCAAGACCUCACUCCUUAUCAAUUUUAUCAACCUUGGGUGGCAAGAAAACGAUUUUUAUAUGGAUCCUUUUUAACUCUCCACAGCUCUUUUUUUUUUUUCAAAAUUUAAAAAAGGUGGGCCUUUCGUCUUACGAAAUCUCCGGCCUGUCCAAAUCCAUAUUUUAAGCAAACUGGGCGAGAGAGUGGAAACGAAAGGUAAAACUCUAGAACAUUUCUGGGUUUUGGUAGGGUUUAACAAAUAACAAUCAAACACAAUCAAGCUCAUAAUCAGGGAAAAUCCGACUCUGGGCAUUUUUGACGUAGGAAUCUACUCAUGAAUCAUUUCUUGAGAAAGGCUUCCUUUUUUUCUAGCAGAAACUCCAUAAUUCGGAUCAUAGCCAUUGGCACUGCUGGUUCGGGUCUUCUUUACUGGAAUGCCGACUUAGAUUUGAAAACAACUGUGAAACUGUCAAUUCCUGCUCUUUUGCAUGAACACCUCUGGUUUCAAGGGCGCCCUUCGUUUGUUUCCUCUGAUAAUUGGCAAUUCGGAAAUUUUCCAUUAUUUUUAUCAAGAGUUGGUCCUGGUCCUGCUCCUGCUCCUGCUCCUGGUCCUGUUCCAGCUGGGGAUGUCACAAAGGAAGCUGCAGUGGCAGUUGGAGGUGGAGCAAAACCAUGUUGUGGAUGUUUAGGUAGAGAUUCUAUUGCGAAUGCUGCUGCCAAGGUUGCUCCUGCUGUUGUCAAUCUGUCUGUUCCACAAGAUUUCUAUGGGCUUUCAACUGGAAAGAGUGUGGGUUCUGGGACUAUUAUUGAUACAGAUGGUACUAUUUUAACAUGUGCUCAUGUUGUAGUUGAUUAUCACAGCAGGCGAGUUACAUCCAAGGGGAAGGUUGAUGUCACUUUGCAAGAUGGCCGAACAUUUGAGGGUACAGUGGUGAAUUCUGAUGUGCAUUCUGAUAUUGCAAUCGUCAAGAUCAAAUCUAGGACUCCACUUCCAGCUGCAAAACUUGGUUCUUCAAGCAAGCUUCGCCCUGGGGACUGGGUGAUAGCCGUGGGUUGCCCACUUUCCCUUCAGAAUACUGUCACAGCGGGUAUUGUGAGUUGUGUUGAUCGUAAAAGCAGUGAUUUGGGUCUAGGAGGGAUGCGCAGAGAGUAUUUGCAAACCGAUUGUGCAAUCAAUGCGGGAAAUUCUGGUGGCCCCCUUGUUAAUGUUGAUGGAGAAAUUGUUGGAGUUAAUAUUAUGAAAGUGUUAACUGCAGAUGGAUUGAGUUUUUCUGUACCAAUUGACUCAGUUUCCAAAAUUAUAGAGCAUUUCAAGAAGAAUGGGAGAGUUGUGCGGCCUUGGCUUGGAUUGAAAAUGCUUGAUCUUAAUGAGAUGAUCAUUGCUCAGCUUAAAGAAAGAGAUGCCAAAUUUCCUGAAGUUGAGAAAGGCAUUCUUGUAGCUAUGGUAACCCCAGGUUCCCCGGCUGAUCAUGCUGGAUUCCAUCCUGGUGAUGUUGUAAUUGAAUUCGAUGGGAAACCAGUUGAAAGUAUCAAAGAGAUUAUUGAGAUGAUGGAUGAUAGAAUCGGGAAGCCAUUGAAGGCAGUUGUUAAAAGAGCAAAGAAUGAAGUGGUGAAGUUGACUGUGAUCCCAGAGGAGGCCAAUCCUGAUUUGUGAGGGAGACUUGUUAAAUUUGCUAAGAACUUUGGGAAGGAUCAUACAUACAUUCAUUCAUUCAUUCUACUUUCAUGUUGAUGUAUAAUCCUCGUUUUCUAAGCCUUCUAAAGUAAUUGCAACUAUCAUACUUGUUACUUGUUAGCAUAACUCUUUUCUUUCAAUUCCUUCCCAUACUUGCAUUGCCAAAAUUCUUCAAGCAAUUUAUUUGAGAUGCGAUAAGAGUAAGAUAACCAAAAAAAACUUCCUCCACAUCUUUUAUUUGUAGUAUAAUUCUUUAGAAUUUGGCUUUUCUUUACUGUUUCUUAAGGAAAAUUCACACUUAUAUCUUACACUUAUUGAAGUAGUUUAUAUAUAUAAUUUGAAUUAUGAUUGAAGUUUGAAUUCCAUUUUGUUUACAUAUUUUUAUGCAAUUUAAAAUUGAAAAAAGUUUUACCUAGUGAAUGGUGGACAGAUGACUCAAAUUGAAGAAUAUAAUUUCUUAAAGCCGGAAGAAGCAUUUUCAAUGUCAGAAAGGUUCAUAUUAAGAUUACAAAUUUUAUCUGUAAAGAACACAGAUAUAGGGUGUAUUUUAUCUGUAAAUGAGAGUUAAGUUGGCAUUCAGUCUUGGGCUUAACUGCGCUGCCCCUAAGAAAAACUAUCUGUUUUAUUUAAUGGUGCUGCAAACAGCUUGAAAAUUUUCCUAAUUGUUCAUUCUUUACUACUUUUCAUCCUAGUUUACCUGAAUAAUGAAAUGAAAAUGUCUGGAUAUUUGAUGAAUGAAUGCUGGUUGCCCAUUGGUGAAAUCUUGUUCUUGGAUUAAUCAGAUGUAUUUGUAUUCAAGGAAAUCUUGUUCAUGAAUUCAAAGAUCAGUUAAAUUGAUUUAAUUAAUCACUUUUCAAACUUCACAUUAUAAAUUUGAAAUUUGAAUUCUUUUUUCUACGAUCUUAUUUAUAUAAAAAAGUAUGUCGUUAUAUCACAUAAAACCAUCGU